GCGAGGACGCUCGCGGUUAGGCCGGAGGGGCCUGGAGAGCUGGGUGGAGGUGAGCCAGGGCUUUAGGUGGGCUUGCGAGUGGGCUCCUCCGGCGGCGGCCUCAGGAAGUGCGUGGAGCGCUUUGGCUCCUCUGGCAGCCACUAGGUGGUUUAAAUGAAUGCACAAUGGCUGGUAAUCAUAAAUCUUCAUCCCGCCCUGUUUCACGAGGUGGCAUUGGGUUGACGAGCAGGCCUCCUUCUGGAAUGCGACCUCCAUCAGGAAGCAUUCGAGUGGCAACCGGAAUGCCACCUGUAACAGCAAGACCUGGUUCUCGUGGUGGUCCCUUGGGGACUGGUGGAAUUUUAUCACCUCAAAUCAGAGUUGCUGAUCGUCCUGUUACACAGCAAGGUUUAAGUGGAAUGAAAACUGGGAUGAAAGGUCCCCAGAGGCAAAUUUUAGAUAAAUCUUAUUAUCUUGGACUUCUUCGAAGUAAAAUAAGUGAACUUACCACUGAAAUUAAUAAACUUCAGAAAGAAAUAGAAAUGCACAAUCAAGAGAAUUCAGUGUAUUUGUCAUAUGAAAAGAGAGCAGAGACUUUAGCUGUUGAAAUCAAAGAGUCUCAAGGACAGCUAGCAGACUACAACAUGUUGGUAGACAAACUUAAUACCAAUACUGAAAUGGAAGAAGUAAUGAAUGAUUACAACAUGCUAAAAGCUCAGAAUGAUCGAGAAACACAAAGUAUGGAUGUCAUAUUUACUGAAAGACAAGCGAAAGAAAAACAAAUCGUAAGUGUAGAAGAAGAAAUUGAACAAGAAAAACAAGCAGCAGAUGGCAUUAUCAGAAAUAUGUCUUCUGAGAAACAAGUCAAGUAUAUAGAGAUGAAAAACACAAAUGAGAAAUUGUUACAGGAAAUAACACACUCCCAGGUAAAACAGGAGGCUGUAUUACUGCAUGAAAAACUCUAUGAAUUGGAGGCCCACCGAGAUCAAAUGAUUGCCGAAGACCAAAGCAUGGGAUCGCCAAUGGAAGAGAGGGAGAGAUUACUGAAACAGGUUAAAGAAGAUAAUCAAGAAAUAGCCAGCAUGGAGAGACAGUUAACAGAUAUAAAAGAAAAAAUAAAUCAGUUUAAUGAAGAAAUCAGACAACUUGACAUGGAUUUAGAGGAUCAUCAAGGUGAAAUGAAUCAGAAAUACAAAGAACUAAAAAAACGAGAAGAAAAUAUGGACACUUUCAUAGACACUUUUGAGGAAACUAAGAAUCAGGAACUGGAACGGAAGGCGCAUUUAGAAGCCAGCAUUGUUGCACUUUUGGAGCACUGUAGUAGGAAUAUAAAUCGUAUGAAACAGAUAUCUUCUAUUACUAAUCAAGAACUAAAGAUGAUGCAAGAUGACCUUAAUUUCAAAUCUACUGAAAUGCAGAAGUCACAGAGUACAGCUAGGAAUUUGACUUCAGACAGUCAACGUCUACAGUUAGAUCUACAGAAAAUGGAGCUCCUGGAAAGUAAGAUGAUAGAGGAACAACAUUCUCUAAAAAGCAAAAUUAAGCAAAUGACAGCUGAUCUGGAGACAUAUAAUGAUUUGCCAGCUUUAAAAUUAUCAGGUGAAGAAAAGAGAAAGAAAUUGCAUCAGGAGAGAAUGGUAUUAUCAACUCGGAAAAAUGCCUUUAAGAAAAUAACAGAGAAGCUAAAUAGCGAAUAUGAGACACUGAGAACACAAUUACAAGAAAAUGAGACACAUUCUCAGCUUACAAAUUUGGAGAGAAAGUGGCAGCACCACGAGCAAAAUAAUUUUGUGAUGAAAGAAUUCAUAGCAACCAAGAGUCAAGAAAGUGAUUACCAGCAAAUCAUUAAAAAUGUGACCAAGCAGAUUGUGGAAUACAAUAAAGCCCUUGUGGAUGCUCUUCGUAGCACCAGCAGGAAUGGCGUCUGAAACAACUGAUGAGUUCUGUAGCAGUUAUUUUCUUGAUGCUAAACUUUGUACAAGGUGACUGAAAAAUUAAAAUAUCUUACCUUUUAAGAAGUAUAUCUAAAAUUCCUCAAUGCUAUAUAAUUUUUGUGGUCUUUUUAAAGAAUGAUAUUUUAAAUCGUGUAAUAGUUCAGUAAAGAAUUUUCAUA